CUUUCCUAUCACUUCACUCACUACCGAAUAACAGUGUAAAAUUAUCUUCCACCUCAAAAGAUUCCAUCACUGCACUCUCUGAAUCUAUAUAUAUGUAUAAUUAGAUACCGCCAAGACUAGAAGAAGAAGGGUAAUGGAGUCGGGAAUGAACUUACUUGCUUCAUCACCACCGUUUCCAUCGCGAACUCAUUUCGUCAAGAAUUGCACUUCUUCAUCAUCUUCAGUUUUAAUGCUUCCUCAUGACCAAACAAUGCCCACUUUUAGUGGUGGAUCAUCUUCUUCUUCAUCUGGUCACUUACCUACUUCAGUACUUCUACAAGACCAGCAUGAUGAGAAUCGGGCUUGCUUUCAAGCACUAGAGAGGGGACAAAAGAAUUAUAGGUCCUUGGAGGAUGAGGAUCAUGAGAAUAUAGAUACUGAUCAAUUUGUCAAGGAUUUUCAACGUCAAUUGCUUAAUAUGUCCUUGUUUUGGCAUUUAUUACCAUUUCCCUCGGAUUCUCAAUCUGUUGUUCAUAGUAAAAUAAAACAGGAUCUGGAUCUUGAGCCGCAUAGUGUAGUUGCACUUGCAAAGAAAGCUUUGUCCGCCUCUAAGCAAGCAGCUUUCUUAUGUGAGGAUUUGCAAUCAUAUGAAACUGCUAUAGAUGCUUCAUCUGAUCCAAGUUUGCCGGAAUUUCUACAUGGAGAGAAAGUGGUAAGAUCCACUCGUCUAAUAGAAAGGCGUUCUAAGAAACGGAAUGGGUCAAAAUAUAAUGUUACAGUUGGGGAAAAUUCCAACUCUUUGAAUGAAAAUUCAAGGAAAACCCGUGCAUCAUUUGACCUGAACGACCCUGUGAGGAUGUUCUUGUGGGGCCCGGAAACUAAGCAACUUUUGACUCGAAAAGAGGAAGACGACUUCUUUGAUCAAAUACAGAAUCUAAUGAAACUAGAAGAAGUGAAAACUAGACUCCACACAGAGUUCGGUCGCGAACCAACACUUGUUGAAUGGGCGGAGGCCACUGGGCUUACAUCUAGGGAAUUGAAGUCGCGGCUUAAUUUCUGUAACAGAAGUAGGGAGAGGCUAAUAUCUGCCAAUCUACGGAUGGUGGUUCACAUCGCUAAACAGUAUCAGAAUCACGGUCUCAAACUUCAUGAUUUGUUACAGGAAGGGAGCAUGGGUCUUCUGAAAAGUGUUGAGAAAUUCAAGCCUCAAGCUGGUUGCAGGUUUGCUACUUACGCAUACUGGUGGAUAAGGCAAUCAAUUAGGAAGGCGAUUUUCCAGCACUCUAGAAUGAUCCGCCUUCCAGAUAACGUGUAUGGCCUUCUAAACAAGGUAAAAGAAGCAAAGAGGUUUUUAGUUCAAGAAGGAAACCGUCAGCCAACAAAACCUGAGAUAGCAGAACGCUCUGGAAUUAAAAUUGAAAAAUUGGAAAGUUUGUUAUAUUCUACAAGGACGCCUCUUUCGAUGCAGCAGCCUAUAUGGACUGACCAAGAUACUAUUUUUCAGGAAGUUACAGCAGACAUGGCUAUUGAGAACCCGGAAUUGGUAGUCGCAAAGCAGUUAAUGAGGAAACACGUCCACUACCUUUUGGGCAGCCUAUCGGCUAGAGAAAGAGGAAUAAUGCAGAUGAGAUUCGGAAUAGGGGGCUCUAGGAAGCCAAAAUCGUUGUCGGAAAUAGGUGACUAUCUGGGGCUUUCGAAGGAAAGAGUAAGGCAGAUAGAGUACAGAGCUUUCAAGAAGCUAAAGCAAAAUGGGAGCAGCCAAGGACUUGAUGCCUAUGCUAACUUAGUCAUAUAGGAAAAGAUUCUAGACUAAUUGGAGAGGCUAUUUUUUACUUAUUCCCAUUUCAGUUACUGGGAAAAAAAAUAUAA